AUGUCAUGUCAGCCUGAUGAAAUUGAACCAUACCCUGAUUGUGUUAAAGAAUAUGCUGAUAUUUUAAAACAAUGCCACUACAAAAAACUCAAUAUUGUUGGUUCAGAUUGGCCACCAAAAGUUGGAAAUGAUGACGUUUUUGGAAGAAUAGCACUUAUACAGCAAAAAGAUAACUCAUCUUCUCAAGAAAAUAACUCUUUUCCUCAAAAAUACACUUCCACUCAGCAAAAAGAGUCGUCAGAUUGGCACUUGCUACGAGGACAAGUAGAUGAAAUAUGUCAUCUUGCUGGAAAUGAAAAAGUUGAAAUUAAGGAUAUUCUAAAACCUACAAUAAAUGAUUGUACAUCUCUCAUAGUUCUAAUAGAUGGUCCUCCUGGCAUUGGCAAGACGACACUUUGUCGUAAACUUCUACACAUGUGGUCUGAUGGAGAACUCGUUCCACAUUAUGACUUGGUACUUUAUUGUCCUUUGAGAAAUGAGAAGAUAGCUAAAGCUGAUACAUUAAAAGAUCUAUUUGUGUAUAAACGUAAUAAUGUUCCUAUGAUAGUUGAUUUGUUUGAGGAGUACAAUGGAGAGGGGAUGCUGAUAAUUUUUGAUGGUUGGGAUGAACUAAGUGAACACCACAGACAGUCUUCAUUAGCUGCUGAUAUUAUUCGUAGAGAGCAGUUAGACCAAUGUUCAGUAAUUGUUACCUCUCGUAGCUAUGCUUCCUCUUCACUUAUAAAAACAUCUUCUCUCAAUAAACAUGUUCAAGUCAUUGGAUUUUCUAAGGAUGAAAUAGCAAAAGUAAUUAUACAAACUCUUCAAAAAGAUAAAAUAUUGGCACAAGAACUCCUUGAGGAAAAUUCUGAAAUUAGUUGGAAUUAUUUCUUCAAAAAAACUGCUUUUUUCAAAACUACUCAAAGCAAUGAGGAGUCACAACUAGCAGUGAAGCUAAUCAAUGACCUUAAAAAACGAAGUGAUGUCCAGUCGUUAUGUUUCAUACCAUUUAUCUGUUCAAUUGUCAUUUCAAUUUAUAGUAAAGAAAAAGAACUAAAAACAACACUUACUGAAUUGUAUGAGAAUUUUAUUGUACAAACUAUCAAAAGGCAAAUAGAGAAGCAGGGUUGUCCCUCAUAUGUCUUUAAUAGUCUUUCUUCAUUACCAGUAGAGUUAGCCGAACCUUUUGAAGAGAUUUGUCAGUUUGCUUACACUAACCUGGCUAAUAAUAACAAAGACCCUGUAUUGACAUUUGUCUCUCAUCAAAUCAUUGGGAUGUCAGCAGCCAAGGACAAUUAUUUUGGUUUAUUAACAACUUUCAUAGAUCAUGAGGAAAACUAUCAGUUUAUUCACUUAAGUAUUCAAGAAUUUUUAGCAGCAUGUUGGAUAGCUAAGCGACCAAAUCCAGAACAGAUAUUUAAAACCCAUUUUGACAAUGACCACUUUCGGAUGUGUCUGAGGUUUGUGGCAGGUCUAACCAGACUUAGUCAUAAAAGUUAUGAGCAAUACUUUAAUAUACCGAUUGACUUACAGUGCAAGAAAAAAAGGAUAUUUGGAUUUGAGGCUCGAUAUCAAUCCUAUUUCUAUACUAAUCCAAUAGUUGACCAUGUUGAUCUUGAUAACUUUCUUACUCAUGUUGACCAUUUUCCUAUUCUUCUCCUUCAUCUUCUUUAUGAAUCACAAAAUAAAGAUUUAUGCCAAGCAUUAGUGCUAUCCAUUAGUCCGCAAUCAAUUUGUUUUCAUGCAUUACAAUUUUCUCUAUUUGACAUAUUGUGUCUCAACUAUUUUCUUAAUGUCAAUAGUACUACCCACUGGAACCAUCUUCAUCUCAUGCCAUUAUAUCAAGAUGAACUAUCAGUAUUGACUACCAUAUUGAACACAAAAAGACUAGAUGCAUAUUUUUACGGAUUCACCGAUGACACAAUACUACAAUUAAGAAAUAUUCAGGAGUGCUACAUUAAUAUAUCAGGUACUUCUCUAUACGCAUGUGAUGUACUUGUAAAGUUCCUCAGUUUUUCACAAAUAAAAAUACUGCGCUUGAAAGUAAACGAAAACAUUAAAAAAUAUAAUAUGAAGCAUUGCUGUUGUUCUGAUCUUGAGAAAUGUUUAGCAAAAAAAACAACUCUACAAGAAUUUAAUGUUCAAUAUACACAAACAAAUCUAUCUCUUUAUACCAUCCAAGAAAUGUAUGAUAUAUAUUAUAAUCAUGAAAGGAACAUUUUCAAUACUAUCAUUGAAGGAAUAUGCAAGAAUACAAGUAUAACAUUUCUUUCACUACAUUUUUCUGAUAAUGCAUGCUUAACUGGGGAGUUAAUGAAACAGCUCUUUAACGAAAACAAAACAUUAAAAGCUCUUUCAGGUACUUUUUUAUUUUCACCAGAAGAUAUGGUAGAAACAAUAAGCACAUCAUUGGUUGCUAUGGAUAUAAAUCUUCCCCUCGGCCUCAUUAAUGGACUGGAAUGUAUUUUACUAUCAAAGCUGCAUCCAUCACAUGUUGUUAAUCCUAGUCUUGUUGUAACUAGAUUGGAAUUAAAUUCACCAGAAAGUGCAGUUGAGCUCUUUGAUAUUCUAAAAACUGAUAAUAAACUGAAAGCAUUGAAAUUAAAAAUAAUUAUGUCUGUGCAAAAAUUUAGCUGUGACAUCUGCACAUUCAAAAAUAUGUGUACUAGUAUGAAAGAAAUGCUCCAACAAAAUCAAAUGUUAGAAUGCCUUGAAAUAAAGAGCACUUUUGAUAUAAAAGAGAGCUUUUUUGAUAUUCCUGUUUCUAAUACGAGAACUCUGCCACAUACCUUCCUUUCAUAUCUUAUUACUGGUCUUGAAGGUAAUAAUACAUUACAACAGUUGCGUCUACCUAUUCCACUUACUACUAAUUGUAUGUAUAAUAAAGAAAACGAUGUAAAAGCUCUUUUUAGUCUUCUGUCUUGCAGGAAAAAACUCACUGAACUCCAAUUAGAUUUUCAAGGCCAUGAUCAAGAACAAACCAUUAUUGAAAUAGAUAAUUUCACCAUAUUCCAGGAUCAUGUUCUACCAAUGAUUACUAAUAUGUUAUUGUCAAAUAAAUGGAUUGAGGUACUAAGCUUAAAUGUCCAUUUUUCUGGUUCACCAAGGCGUAAAAAUACAUGGGAAGAAUUCUUUGAUGCUAUCCUUAACCAUCCUUCACUUCAACAUGUUGGUUUGAAGUUAAGUUUUGAGAGUACAGAGUUGAAGGACUUCCUCAAAGGGCAGAUAGAGGUAAAGGAACUUAAGGAAGCACCAGUAAUAAUUUGUGCAUGAAACUAGUUUAUAUAGAGUUUAAUAUUUUUACUUUAUUAAACUUUUGGUUGCUGCUUUAUACUUAUUUUUGUAAUGCAAGUUAGAUAAUACAAGUUCAUUAUGGCACAAAA